AUGGGCUCGCGAGUCACUCACGGGCAAAUGUCGAGCUGGAUUUCCCAAACUAAUGAAAAAGGUCGAGAACUGGCCGGCCACACCGACGUGAUGCUCAAGAUAGCCGAGUACCUUCUCCCCAAGUACUUUACACUGGAUACGGAAGAGUCUUUGCUGCCUGAGGAAAUAGCAGAGCCUUCCUUUAUUGCCUCGGAGCCUGUGUGGGGAUGCUUCAACGAGUUUCAAGGUGUUAGGUACGCCGGGUUAUUGUCUAACCAGAAGGAUUCCUUGCACGACCUGACCAUUUACAACCCCCAAGAUGACAAGACUGCCGAUGUCGUAUACAAGGCAAUUAAUUGCAUCGGGGUUGUCGAUGUUAUCUUUGCACACUCAUCAGAGCCAGUCAAAGUCGACGAAGCUCUCAGCAUUUGGUGGAGGGUAUUCGCCAUCAAUUACCAGGUCCUCGCAUGUAUGCAAAGUUUGACGGAGUCAAACUACGUUGGAUAG